CAUUAAUCAUGAGUGACCAACUUACAGCUGAACAAAUUGCAGAAUACCGCGAAGCUUUUCAGCUUUUUGAUGCUGAUAAAAGUGGAAGCAUUAGUGCUAGUGAACUUGGUGUUGUGCUUCGUUCGUUUGGUAUGAAUCCCAGUGAUGCUGAAUUGCAAGAUAUGGUAAAUGAUGUGGAUGCUGAUGGCAAUGGAACCAUUGAUUUUGAAGAAUUUCUGGGUUUAGUCAAGAACUUACAAUCAGAAAAUGAUACAGAUGAUUUACAAGAAGCUUUCAAAGUGUUUGAUGCAGAUGGAAAUGGUGUUAUUGAUCGUAGUGAAUUACAAAAAGUCAUGGCUUCUUUACAUGAAAACUUAACUGAAGAAGAAUUAGAUGCUAUGAUCCAAGAAGCUGAUAUAGAUGGUAACGGCACCAUCAGUUUUGAAGAGUUUAAGGCUAUGAUGAGCGGUAAAUAAAUUUUGUGUAUUUAUGUUGUAAGAUCUCUAUUUCUUUCCUUUUUUUUUUUGUACCCUUG